GCACUUCUAUAUCAGCAUUAUCAUUAUCAACUUGAGGGAGAGAUUCAUCGAUUUUUGGUUGUACUAUUUUCGAUUUCGAUUUCAUCUUAUUUCACCUUCAAAAUCUUAUUUUAUAAAAAAAAGUAAUUUGUACAAAAACACUAUUAAAUGACAUUAAAUUGACAUCAAUACAUCAAUUUUCUAUCCCCUUGGAUAUGGUUCAUUAUGAAAGUUAUCAUUAAAAAUUGGCAAUCGGUCGCUACUUGGAAAUGGGUAGCAAACGAUGAUAAUUGUGGAAUAUGUCGAAUGUCCUUUGAUGGUUGUUGCCCUGAAUGUAAAUUUCCUGGAGAUAAUUGUCCAUUAGUUUGGGGCGAAUGCACUCAUUGCUUUCAUAUGCACUGUAUUGUUAAAUGGUUACAAUCUCAACAAGUUAAUCAACAAUGUCCAAUGUGUCGACAAGAGUGGAAGUUUAAUAAUCGUUAAGAUAUUUUCUUCGAUUAGAUCAAACAGGUAACUUUUUUUUAAUGUUUUAUUUGAAGUAGAUAAUAAAUUUUUUUUAUAAUUUUA